UACCUCGACGUGCGCGCUCCCGAUACCCAGUCGCGACCGUUAGCUGGGGCCGGGCGAAUGCGGUGCGGUGCGGUGCGGUGCGGUGAUACCAGAGAGGAGGAACAAAUCUGACUGACCGGGUGAUGUGAAGAAAAGUCACAUUAUAUCACGUCCUAAAAAAACAAGGUCUCCUACCCCAGACUUGAACCAGGACACAGGAUACCAGGAUGCCCCUUCGACAAACGGUGAUGGGCACGUCUGAUUAGUUGGAAAGAUCCGAGUCAGUGAAUACUCGUGGAGCCUCGCACCGACCGUUGAUCGACAGCAGUAUCUCCACUUCAACUCCCUCUGCGUGGCACACUCUCCACCGACACUGAGACUCUGAAGGACAGACAUCGCUGCGGGACUAGACGCCUCCCCGACGCACACUUCCCCAGCCAGAUUCCCCCAGCACAUCACCUCACCCUUACCUCCCCGAGAGGGAGAGAACAGCAGCCGGCAUGGUGCUGUCACAGAGACAAAGAGAUGAACUAAACCGAGCUAUAGCUGACUACCUCCGGUCCAAUGGAUACGAGGAGGCCUAUUCCACCUUCAAGAAAGAGGCAGAAUUAGAUAUGAAUGAAGAGGUAGAUAAAAAGUAUGCAGGGCUUUUGGAAAAGAAAUGGACAUCAGUCAUCAGAUUACAGAAGAAGGUGAUGGAGUUGGAGUCGAAGUUGAACGAAGCGAAGGAAGAGAUUACGCACGGAGGACCUGUGGGUCAGAAGAGAGACCCCAAGGAGUGGAUCCCCCGUCCCCCAGAGAGAUACGCACUGAGUGGGCACCGUGCUCCAGUCACACGGGUCAUUUUCCACCCUGUCUUCUCUGUAAUGGUCACGGCCUCAGAGGAUGCAACCAUCAAGGUGUGGGACUAUGAGGCAGGAGACUUCGAGCGGACCCUGAAGGGCCACACAGACUCUGUGCAGGACAUCUCUUUCGACCAGACGGGAAAGCUGCUGGCUUCAUGUUCAGCUGACAUGAGCAUCAAACUUUGGGACUUCCAAGGGUUUGAGUGCAUCCGAACAAUGCAUGGCCACGAUCACAAUGUGUCGUCUGUAGCCAUCAUGCCAAAUGGUGACCACAUAGUGUCUGCCUCCAGAGACAAGACCAUGAAGAUGUGGGAGGUGGCUACUGGGUACUGCGUGAAGACAUUCACAGGCCACAGGGAGUGGGUGAGGAUGGUGCGUCCCAACCAGGACGGCUCGUUGAUCGCCAGCUGCUCCAACGACCAAACAGUGCGCGUGUGGGUGGUCGCCUCGAAGGAGUGCAAAGCCGAGUUGCGGGAGCACGAACAUGUGGUGGAGUGCAUCUCCUGGGCCCCUGAAUGUGCUCACCCCACCAUCCUGGAGGCCACAGGUUCAGAGAGCAAGAAGAGUGGGAAACCUGGCCCCUUCCUCCUCUCCGGAUCCAGAGAUAAAACGAUUAAGAUGUGGGACGUCAGCAUCGGCAUCUGCCUUAUGACUCUGGUGGGUCACGAUAACUGGGUGCGUGGAAUAUUGUUUCACCCUGGAGGAAGAUUCAUAGUGAGCUGUGCCGAUGACAAAACCCUUAGGAUCUGGGACUACAAGAACAAACGCUGCAUGAAGACCCUGUGUGCCCAUGAACACUUUGUUACCUCUCUGGAUUUCCACAAGACUGCUCCCUACGUGGUGACGGGCAGUGUCGAUCAGACAGUCAAAGUCUGGGAGUGCCGCUGAGACCGCCUCUGUCUCUCACCUUUCCUGCCCUUACCCCGAGCUCCAAACAGUCUAAAGCCCCCCUCCCUUACCCCACCCUUGUCUUUACCUCCGCCCUCUUCCUUCUGUCUUUACACCCAGCCAAGCCCCUCACCUCUCGCACUCCAAACCAUAGCUGACCAUGGCGCUUUACCUUCUCCCUGUCCCCUUUGCCUCGCUCCCCUCUCCUUCCUUCCUUCCUUCCUUCCUUCCUUCCUUCCUCCCCUACAUCAGUCCAGCCCUAUUAAGAUGACUAUUGUCCUUUUAUGUAAAUUAUUCUGGAUGUAGGGUUCGCUUAAUAAAUGUCACGCAAUCUCUGACACAUAAACACACUCAAAGAUAAGAAGUAUUCCUUGCAUGGUGAAUCAAACAAAAAAAUUGUAUACUGUUAAAAUUUGCCGGAUUUGCGUACUAUUGUCAUCACUUCCUGUCGGGUCGAAGGGUAAAUAUCCUUGUGUGCUGGCGCAGGUGGAUUUCGGUUAGCUGACUGACUGCGCCCCUCGUCGAAGGGGGUCUAGUUUUAUGUCCUGCUUGGUUUUGCUCCAUGCCUCUGUCGUCGUGGUCCGUCGCUGCGUGGUUGGUGAAAAGAAAAGGUGUGAGGAAAAGAAAAUCAUGGAAGAAACGAGCGGAAGCUGUCCAGGAGAAGACGAUAAUAACCGGUUAAAGAAACUAACUAACCAGGAUGCAGCUCCCUAGUCGAAUCACACAAGGUUCUGUGGGCGAGUGCGCGUGUACAUGUGUGUAUACAUUGUGCGAGUGUGUGUGUGUGUUUGUAUAUUAUGACAGGAGAAUCUCUCCGCCGCCUCUGCUCUGAAGGUCAGAGGAGAGAGAGAGAGGAGGCAAAGCUUCUCACCCACUGUGUUCAUUCAUACUACUUCAUCUCUUUUAACAAAAUGCUUUCUUGUAGACACUCACAGGACCUUAAUGAUCCCUAAGCUGCUGGGAGCACAGGCACACGCCCCAUAGCAAAAGUGUGUGUUUUACAGAGGAAAAAGUCUGCUCACCUUUUCUGAGGUUUGUAUGUGUGUGUGUAUGUCAGCCCAGAGAAAAUCGCCCUGUGCCGCCCUCUUGCUCGCUAUCUCUGCCUUGUUAACCCAUUGAGGGCUCCCUCACACGGGAUUUUCAUUCUGCUUUCUGUGGUUUCACUGCUCUCUUUACACACACAUACACUCAAAAACGCACAUACACGCACAGUAAAAGUUGUGUAUCAAUAUAUCUGGAUGUCAUUGUUUGCAACAUAAUGAAAUAAAAUUCUGUAAAUAUA